UUUCUUUGUUCGUUUGCAGUUUGCCACCACCACCAACCAACCAACCAUCCAGCCAGGCCAGAACCCCAGCGCCAAGAGCGAGCGAGAAAUCCUGCAAUCCCUCGCUAGAUUUGCCAUCCCCCCCGCCGCCGGCCCGCCGCUAUCGUUUCCGCAUACUCACCAUGCGAUUAUCCCUCCUGCUCGCCCCCUCGCGUCGCACUGCAGCGCGGUAGAUUUUUUUUUUUUUCUGAUUCCUUGCUCCGGCUUUGCUGGGUCUCAGGAUUUCCGCGGCCGAGAGGGGAAAUGGGGAUUUCUUCCUCGUGAUUGCAACAGCUUCUUCUUCCAGCUGCUCGCUGGAGUGGUGGGAGUGCGGUGCAUCCCCCCUUGCGGAGGAGGAGGAAAGCUGCGAUCUUUGGCGGUUUCUGCCCCUUUCUGCGGACGAACGGUCCGAGAAAACGCCGCAUCCUUUUGGCGGAUUUCGAGGAGCUCCGGUGAGGGAUUAUCAGCCGCGGUUCGUGUGAGAGCAUCCUCCGAUUGCGAGAAGCUCAGUCGUGGGUGUGGGGGGAGUGUUUGGUGUUGGGAGAUGGAGGGGAAUUUGCCACCGAGAGCCCUUGUCCACGGCAGCUGCGGCGGCGGCGCGUUCGAUCUGGAGGCGUCGAUGCAGCAGCAGCAGCCGCCGCCGCCGCCGUUCCACUUCGCCCAAGAUCCGCACCUCCACCGGGGCGGCAUGGUCCCUGUCCGCGCGAAUCCGAUGCUGGAUUUGGGCAAUGUCGUCAAGGCCUCGCCGAGCGACGAGGAGGAUGUGGACGACGGGCACCACCAUGGCGGCAGCAGCGGCGGUGGCGGCAAGGGGGGCAACCAGUGGCACCGGGUGAAGUGGAGCAGCGACAUGGUCAAGCUGCUGGUGUCCGCCGUGGCCUACAUCGACGAGGACGUGGAUAUGGACUACGGCACGAGCAGCUCGAGGAGGAAGCAUGCCAUGCUGAAGAGGAAGGGGAAGUGGAAGCUGGUGUCCAUGGCGAUGACCGAGAGGGGGUUCCCGGUGUCGCCACAGCAGUGCGAGGACAAGUUCAAUGACCUCAACAAGAGGUACAAGAGGCUGACUGAAAUUCUUGGCCGGGGAACGGCAUGCCAGAUCGUCGAGCACCCGGAGCUUCUCGAGAGGAUGCGGCUCUCUGGAAAGCUCAAAGAGGAGGCUAAGAAGCACCUGAUCUCGAAGCAUCUACACUAUGAGGAGAUGUGCUCGUACCAUAACAGGAACCGUAUGUGUCUGCUUGAAGAUCCCGCCCUUCAGAAGUCAUUGCGUCUGGCGCUUAGGAGCGGGGAGGAGCACACGAAGAAGAACCCGUUCGGGUAUGAUGAUGAGGAUUUUUCUGAUGACGACGACGAAGAUGACGAAUUCGAUGAUCUGGAAGUCAGCGCUGAAGAACAUCACCAUGGAAUUCAUGGUGCCAAGAGGCUGAAGCAUGAUCAGGAGGAGACACAUUUUGGGUCUAAUUUGUCAGAAGUUGCUGUUAUUGACAUGAACAAAAUGCUCUCAGAGGGAUCUGGUGGUCCAACUGCCGAAAAGAGUCCCUCUCCCUUCGGUAUGCAUAAUAUUCGAUUUGAGAAACGCCGCCUGAAGAUAAAAGCUCAGAUGCUAAAAAUUGAGCAAAAGCAUUUCAAGUGGCUGAGGUUCUGCAAGGAGAAGGACAGGGAAUUGGAGAAGAUGAGGCUGGAGAAUGAAAAGAUGAAACUGGAGAAUGAACGGUUGGAAUUGGAGCUGAAACUUAAAGCAAUAGAGAUGGGUAUCAAACCAAAGAAGAUGUUUAGUGAUUGAAGUCUGGAAAUGAUAGAAGUAGAAAUGCUUAGAGUUGCCGGUGAUCGUUUUGUCUUUUGCAGGAGAUUACAGGUUUAGGGUCUUAUAUAUACAUUGAUCGGUGUCCCUGUUUAAAUUCUAUCUUAGCUAACUGCAAUCGGUCAAGGGAAUGGCUAUUCCAGUUGUUAAGUGUUUAAAGUUGGUACCAGUUGGCCUUUCGAUAUGAUACUCAUAUGUUUGAGUCGUCCUUGUACAUACCUAGCUUUAACUCCCUGCAAUUGUUUGUGUGUUGCUAUUGACCUCUAGUCCUUUUUCUUCAA